CUGAAUCGUCAGAAUCGUCAUUGUCUUUUCGAGCUGCUCUUACUGCGCUAGCUCAAAACUCAUAAAUAGUACCGCCGCCCUAAGAAAAUAAUAACCGGUUUGAAUCUAUCCAUCAAUAUCAAAAUACCAGGAUCAACAAACAAGCACUCAAGAAAGCUUUCAAUUUUCGUCAUCACCACAAAAACUCACCAGAAGUUGCAAUCACUUCUCUCUCUAUCACAAUGCUGUUUUCAGCGCCAACAUUAAGAACAGCAGCAGCUAGCUGCCGCAUACAACCAUCGUUCCUCACAUCAUGCACCUAUCAAACUGCAUCAACUACCCCUCUUCGCACUCCGGAUACUCAAACCCCAAGCUCGCGACGUCGAGCUCUGGUCCCUAAAUAUAAACGCAAUGUCACAUUCCAAUCGAGUGCCUCUUCUACCCGUUCUGCAUCCACAACUGCAUCUUCAUCACCAACCAAAACCUCAAAGUCCAGCGCUGCGCAAACCGAAGUUCUAGAUUGGAACACAUUUUUCAAGCUCCGUCGAACCCGUCGCUGGUUCCAACUCGGUUCUUCCCUCGGCACGGGAUUCGGUGGUUUCGCAAUUGGUGCGCAGAUUCUUACACAUACGGAUAUGGAUGCACUGGUGGGACAAAUUCCAUUGGAUCCAUUCAUUACAUUAGGAUUAGUAACAUUCGCAUGUGGAGGAGCUGGGUGGUUGACCGGACCAAUUUUGGGGACUGCGGCAUUCAAUGUGAAGAACAGAAAGUUUAGACAGCAGAUGGAUAUUAAAGAGAAAGAGUUUUAUGCGAGGGUUAAGAAGUAUAGGGUGGACCCUAGUGCGAGUUCAAUGGCGAAUCCGGUGCCUGAUUAUUACGGCGAGAAAAUCUCAAGUGUAGUCGGUUAUAGGCAAUGGUUGAAGGAUCAAAGAGCUUUCAACAGGAAACGACAAACAUACGUGUAAAACUCAAUUCAGCUAGGAACGCAUAGGAAAAUGGUGGAAUGAAUGGAGGGUUGUAAUGAUUAUUGUUUUUUAUGGCAAGCAAGGACAUCAACUUAGCAAGCAGUUGUACCAUUUUGGCGUUCAUGGAACCACUCCUUAUGGUGCUUCACAUUAUGCAUUUUUCGCACACAAUACCAACUCAAAUAUC